ACUUUUGGCGCGGUUGUCAGCCAUCUUGGAUCCGCUGCACACGAAAGCCGUUACUGUUCUAGCCAUCAUUGAUUGUUUUUCUCGCGUAGCAGAAAGCCCUCGUUGAGUCCAACUUUAAACAGUCCAAUAGUACUUUGUUUUGUGUAGCUGGUGAAGAAAACUCAGGGUAAUUUACCGAUUCGUCAUGGCGACUGCGAACGUUACUCCAAGCCGAGAAGCGGGCCGGCCAGCGGCCUCAACCCCCUUGUCCCCGACCCGGAUAUCUCGCCUGCAGGAGAAACAAGAUUUGCAGCAUCUGAACGACAGACUGGCCGUUUAUAUCGACCGUGUCCGAGCCUUGGAGCUGGAAAACGACCGACUGAUGGUAAAAGUGUCUGAGAAGGAGGAGGUGACUACCAGAGAGGUCACUGGGUUAAAAGCUCUUUAUGAGGCAGAGUUAGCCGAUGCUCGACGUGUUCUGGAUGAAACUGCUAAAGAGAGAGCCAGACUGCAGAUCGCACUUGGGAAGGCUCAGUCUGAGCUAGAGGAGGCUACUCGCAGUGCCAAGAAGAAGGACACUGAUCUUGCUGCAGCUCUGUCUAGGGCCAUUGGUCUGGAGGGUCAGCUGAAUAAGAGUGAAGCAGCUCUUUCUACAGCUCAGAGUCAGAAUGCAGCUCUGACUUCUGAGCUGGCUGAUCUAAAGAGCCAGCUAGCUAAGGCAGAAGAUGGCCAUGGUGUUGCUAAGCGACAGCUGGAAGCGGAGACUCUCAUGCGUGUGGACUUGGAAAAUCGAUGUCAGUCACUUAGUGAGGAGCUAGAGUUUAGAAAGACCAUGUUUGAAGAGGAGAUGCGUGAGUCUCAGCAUCGAAAGGAACAGAGAAUAGUGGAAGUAGAUUCUGGAAUUCGUUCAGACUACGAAUUCAAACUGGCUCAAGCCUUACAGGACCUAAGGAAGCAACACGAUGAACAGGUCUCCGUCUACAAGGAGGAACUGGAGCAAACGUUUCAGGCCAAGUUGGACAAUGCCAAAGUGUCCUCUGAGAUGAACGACAAGGCUGUGGGUGCAGCGAGGGAGGAGGUGCAGGAGUCCCGUAUGAGAAUAGAGAGCCUUGGUUUUCAACUAAGUGCUCUCCAAAAGCAGUUGGCUUCCUCAGAAGAUCGCAUCAGAGAGCUGGAGGAGACUUUGUCAGCAGAACGAGAUGCGCACCGCCGUUCCGUCGAAGGGAAGGAGUUAGAAAUGGCUGAGCUGAGAGACCGAAUGAACGCUCAGCUCAGUGAAUACCAGGAGCUUCUGGAUGUGAAACUCGCUCUAGAUAUGGAAAUCAAUGCAUAUCGGAAGCUGCUGGAAGGAGAGGAACACAGGCUGAAACUGUCCCCUAGUCCCUCGUCUCGAGUGACUGUCUCCAGGACGACAGGAUCUUCCUCCUCUCGCACCUCCAAGAGGAAGAGAGCCGAGGCUGAGGUCCAGGCUCAGGCCCAGGAAGUGUCCCAGAUGGGAAGAGGAGAGGAGCAGCUGAUGGUUUCGGAGGAGAGCACAGCUAGUGGAGCCAUCACCAUCUCCCCAACGGACAUGGAUGGGAAUGCAGUCACACUGAACAACGAUAGCGAGCAGGACCAGCCUUUGGGCAGCUGGAGGAUAAAGAGACAAGUUGACGACGAGGAUGAGAUCAUCUACAAGUUCUCUCCAAAAUAUGUUCUGAAGUCUGGGCGGUCUGUCACGGUGUGGUCUGCUGAUGCUGGUGUCACCCAUAGUCCACCUUCUGAUCUGCUGUGGAAAAGCCAGGCUUCCUGGGGAACAGGAAGUGUCAUCAUUACCUCUGUGACUAACGCCGAUGGCGAGGAGGUGGCCCGGAGGAGUGUGACUAGGACUCAAGUGGAGAUAGAAAAUGGGGAGGAGGACGAAGAGGAAGUGGUACAGAGGGGUAAAGUGUCUUCCAGAGAGUGCAGCAUCAUGUGAAGCUUCUACCAACUUCUCUAUCAUCUGGUUCUGUUUGCUUUGAUCCGCUCCUGUCCGACUCAUCCUUUUAUCUUUCCAGACCAGACUAGAUAUUGUGGAAUAAUUGGGACGUUUUUCCUUGAAUGAAUUUCCUACAGUACCAUCAUGUGGUAUUGCUUAUAUUAUUAUUGUUUCGUUUUUUUUUAUACAUAUUCUGUUGAUUUACAUACAUUUUUCAAAUUUCAUGUUGAUUUUAGCACAUUUCUUUGCAGUUGUUUAUUUUUGAAUGGAAAGUCAUUUUUUAGUCACUAGAGGUUGAACUUGGUCACACAGAAGACGACAUCUGGGAACAGCCAGAGUCUCAUUUCUUUAUUUUUCUUUAUUACUUCCAGCAUAUAGGAGGGUUGGAGUUUAGUACCUCGUGCCAUUUAGUGCUAUAGUCAUGUUUUAAAGAUGUAUCUUGGUUUUAUGUGUGAGGGUUUUACUUCUGACAUAGCUACUGGUUUGGAACCAGUAAUGAGGGUUUGAUUGGUCCCUGCUGCCCUCCACUGGUCUGUAGCUGUACUGCGACAUGACACAAUGUCGCAGCUCUGUCUACAGAAAACCAGUGUUUUAAGUAAACUAAAGUGAAAUCUUAAUCUGGUUUAACAGAACCAGAGCUCAGACACUACUUUAGUCUAAGCAUGUUUCUUCUCAGAGGUCAUGGGUCAGUGGCAGGACUCAAAACCAGAAGCAUUUCUGGUACAUUGCUCUGUCUAGUUCCUCGUGGACCUGUCAUUACUUUGAAUAAUGUUCCCACCCCAAAGAUAAAUGACAGGAAGAAGUCUUAAACAGCGACUAGUGAACAAUCCUUUAAACUCAAUAAUCCACCUGGACCAGCUGCGGUAUAGAUGUGAGACACAUUUGAACUUCCUGUUAGAAGGAAUGGCAUGGACUGAUCCAGGUUAAUUCUUUAGUAGUUUGUAGUGUCUCCAACUGUGGCCCUCCAGGUCCACCAUCCAGCAUGUUUUAGCUGUUUCCCUGCUCCAGCGCUUAUGAUUCAGUGGUGGAGUCACCUGUUUAACAGGUCAUGAAGCUCUACAGGAGUCUCUAAUGCUAUUAAACAUGCUGGAAGGGGGCCCUGGAAGACUGGGGUUGGACACCUGGUUUAGGUGACCAGCACUUGUGGGUGGGGUGGGGUUGUUUCCUUUCACGAUGACCUGUUCAUCUGAUUUUUAUACAUGCAAUAAAGUUUUACAUUUAA